AUGGGGCAUCCCCCGCUGGAGUUCAGCGACUGCUACCUGGACAGUCCCGACUUCCGCGAGAGGCUCAAGUGUUACGAGCAGGAGCUGGAGAGGACCAAUAAAUUCAUCAAAGACGUGAUCAAAGAUGGCAACGCGCUUAUCAGCGCUAUGAGAAAUUACUCCUCUGCUGUUCAGAAAUUUUCCCAGACACUGCAGUCAUUUCAGUUCGAUUUCAUUGGAGACACUCUGACUGAUGAUGAGAUUAACAUCGCUGAGUCCUUCAAGGAAUUUGCUGAGUUACUCAACGAAGUAGAAAACGAGAGGAUGAUGAUGGUACACAAUGCUAGUGAUUUGCUGAUCAAACCCCUGGAAAAUUUCCGGAAGGAGCAAAUAGGCUUCACCAAGGAGCGGAAAAAGAAAUUUGAAAAGGAUGGUGAGAGGUUUUAUUCUUUGCUGGAUCGGCACUUACAUCUGUCUUCCAAAAAGAAAGAAUCUCAGUUACAAGAGGCAGACCUUCAAGUGGACAAGGAGAGGCACAAUUUCUUCGAGUCUUCCCUUGAUUAUGUUUAUCAAAUUCAGGAAGUUCAGGAGUCCAAGAAGUUCAAUAUUGUUGAACCUGUCUUGGCCUUUCUUCAUAGCCUCUUCAUUUCUAAUAGCUUGACCGUGGAGCUCACACAGGAUUUUCUCCCAUACAAACAGCAACUCCAGCUCAGUUUGCAGAAUACAAGGAAUCAUUUCUCCAGUACCCGGGAAGAGAUGGAAGAACUUAAGAAAAGGAUGAAAGAAGCUCCCCAGACAUGCAAACUUCCAGGACAGCCCACCAUUGAAGGCUAUCUCUAUACACAAGAAAAAUGGGCUUUGGGCAUAUCCUGGGUGAAAUACUAUUGCCAGUAUGAGAAAGAGACCAAAACGCUUACCAUGACGCCUAUGGAGCAGAAACCAGGUGCUAAGCAGGUCUGCCUUGAAUGUAAUGGGAUAAUGGGAUGGAAUUCUCGAGAAAGGCCCGGAACCAUCACUCUGCAGGCCCUUUCAGAAGCUAAUAGAAGGCUAUGGAUGGAAGCCAUGGAUGGGAAGGAGCCCAUCUACCACAGCCCCAUAACAAAACAAGAAGAAAGGAUCAAGACAGAGGGGUUGUACCGCACCGUGGGCAGUAAUAUUCAAGUUCAGAAGCUGCUGAAUGCCUUUUUUGGAACUUACAAUUUCAUUCAUUUCAGGAAUCUUUCUGAACCUGUCAUGACCUACAGGCUGCACAAAGAGCUGGUCUCUGCUGCCAAGUCUGACAACCUGGAUUACCGGCUGGGAGCUAUUCACUCCCUGGUAUAUAAACUACCAGAAAAGAACCGAGAGAUGCUGGAAAUUCUGAUAAGACACUUGGUCAAUGUGUGUGAGCACAGCAAAGAGAAUCUUAUGACCCCCUCCAACAUGGGGGUGAUCUUUGGGCCGACCCUGAUGAGAGCUCAAGAGGACACUGUGGCCGCCAUGAUGAACAUCAAAUUCCAGAACAUCGUGGUAGAAAUUCUAAUCGAGCACUUUGGCAAGAUCUAUUUAGGUCCACCUGAAGAAAGUGCUGCACCCCCAGUGCCUCCGCCUCGGGUGACAGCAAGAAGGCACAAACCAAUCACGAUUUCGAAGCGCUUGCUGCGGGAAAGGACGGUUUUCUAUACUUCUUCCCUGGAUGAAAGUGAAGAUGAAAUCCAACAUCAAACACCCAAUGGUACUAUCCCUGGCAGCAUAGAACCCCUCAAGCUACCACAACACCCUAAACUACCUAUUCAGAGGAGUGGGGAAGCUGAUCCUGGGAGGAAGUCCCCAAGCAGGCCUGUUUCAGAUGGCAAGUUGGAGCCCUGCCCCGAGGUGGACGUGGGGAAGUUGGUUUCUAGGCUACAGGAUGGAGGGACCAAGGCUACCCCAAAGGCCACCAAUGGACCCAUGCCAGGAUCUGGGCCCACCAAGACACCCUCUUUCCACAUAAAGAGACCAGCUCCCCGGCCCCUGGCUUCUCAUAAGGAUGGGGACGCUGACAGUUUCAGCAAAGUGCGGCCUCCAGGAGAAAAGCCAACCAUCAUCCGUCCCCCAGUGAGGCCCCCAGACCCUCCCAGCCGGGCAGCUACUCCCCAAAAGCCAGAACCAAAGCAAGAUAUUGUGACUGGCAAUGCAGGGGAAAUCCCAUCAUCUGUGGUGGCUUCUAGGACCAGGUUCUUUGAAACGGCUUCCCGGAAAACAGGAAGUUCUCAAGGCAGACUUCCUGGAGAUGAAAGUUGAGGCCACAGGUUUUAAAAGCCUUGGCCUCUGGGGACCCUUUCCAGGUUCUGA